AUGCCCAGAUUUAAUGGAAACUCUAAAAACUUUGCACGCACUGACUCUUCUUCAAAGCCCUUGAGCUGUAACUUGAAUUCUGCCUCAAAAGCUGUGACCGUGAGGCAGCCAUUAAAACCGCCUCCCAAGAGAAUCGACAUCUUUGAGCUUCCCAGGAUACCAAAGAUUAAAAAGGAAACCAGCAGCAAGCAGGCAGAGCCAGAACCUGCAGGAAGCCAAAGCUGUGACAUCCCCAGCUCCUGCAUCACCCAGCUGACUGGCAAAGAGAGCACUACCCAGCCGGGGAAGGGUGGCAGGGUGGAAAGUCAGAAGUCAAACGCCAAGGAGUCUCAGCCACCAACACAUGCAAGCGGGACAUCUUUUCCUACCAGUACGGGCAUGUAUGGCAGUUCCUCGCUACUGGGCGCUUCGAGGAGCAAAGGCUCGAGCUCUUUCGAGAGUUUUAAAAUCAAUAUUCCUGGAAAUGCAGGACAUCCCAGCAGGCUGUCCCACCCAGGAUUCUGUAACACCUUCCGCCCCGUGGACGACAAAGUGCAACAGAAAGAGAGUCCUUCGUCUCUUUUCUCAGUUAAGAAAAAGCAGGUCAAAAGUGAAAUAUAUGAUCCCUUCGAGCCAACAGGGUCGGACUCGAGUUCAGCAGGCAACAGUCCUGAAAGGCUUGGCUUGGGGAUCCCACUAACUAAUAUUACCAGGACUAUUUCCAUUGAAAAUCCGAAAGUUCAAACAUUUCAAACUGUCCGUCGUUUCACCCCUUACAUGGUAGAAAAUAUAUUUGGCUCUGGGGCUGACUCUGAUGUGCCAUAUGGUGACACAGAGUCUCAUGGUGAUGUGAAAGUGGAAAGCAGGAUUGUAGAACAGAUCUCUGAUACAGAGGAGCGAGACAAUAUGGAGGAGGAAGGCUUUCUAAGCAGUCCUUGCACUUCAUCUGCUGUUAAGCAGAUUUCUAACGCAGAAUGUUUAAAGGAGGAAAGCAGAGAGGGCCCUAAUGUGUUCUUUAAUGCUGAAGAAUUGCUUAGACCUAAUACUAGUUUAAAACUAGAACCAGAGAGUCCCUCAAAGGAUGAUGGGCAGCAGAAACUCCAAAAGGUAGAACAAACAGAGAGGCAAUCACGUUCCAGAUCCUGUUCGAACUCUAGCUCCCGAAGCAAGAAGAAGAUGAAAAGGAAAAAGGCACUUGUGAAAGAGCGUAAGAGAUCCCGAUCAGGGUCUAGAGAGAGAGCACACUCAAGGGACCGAAGCUCCAGAUCUACCUCUUGGUCAGGUGGUGAAGAGCACAGCAAAACACACACACUGAAAGCCAAGCGCAGGAGGUCUUCUACUGACCGUUCUAGCAGUCAUGAACGAUCUAAAAAAAGGAAAAUGAAGGACAAAACCAAGGAUAAAAAGGCAAAAAGUUCUUGGUCUAGGGAGAAAAGGAAAUCUAGGUCACGUUCAGGUAGUCCUGGAAGUACUUCUGAGUUUUAUGAAAAUAGGAAAAAGAAAAGGCGCAAAAGAACAGACUGUGCAAAGGAGGUUAAAGACGAGUGCCUUGUGUCAGGCGAGAAGGCUGGGGACUUCAGUAAGCCUGGACUGGAGGUGGCACCUCAGGGUCCUGCGUUGAAGUCAAAAGCACCAGUGAAAAGGGUUACCUGGAAUCUUCAAGAGGAAGAAAGCGGCGUGUUGUCUGCUGGAAAAGCUCCAAGUAAGUGUCUCUCCUGGGAAGCAAACAGCGGCUGA